AUGGCCGACAGAAUACGCAGCACCACCCUCAAGCGCGACACCAAUGAAACCAAGAUCCAAUUGAGCCUCAACCUCGACGGCGGCGUUCUCGAGCCCGUCGGCGACGAUGCGAACGGCGACGAAGCAGCCCACGCCGCCCAGGCUUCCAAGAGCCAGCACAUCGACAUCAACUCGGGCAUCGGCUUCCUCGACCACAUGCUGCACGCCCUGGCCAAACACGCCGGCUGGUCGUUGAAGCUGCGCUGCAUCGGAGAUCUGCACAUCGACGACCACCACACGGCCGAGGACACGUGCAUCGCCCUGGGCCAGGCAUUCAAGACGGCCAUGGGCGGCACCACCGGCCUCGCCCGCUUCGGCAGCGCCUACUGCCCGCUCGACGAGGCCCUGUCGCGCGCCGUCAUCGACCUAUCCAACCGGCCCUACUCGGUCAUCAACCUCGGCCUCCGCCGCGAGAAGAUCGGCGACCUGUCGUGCGAGAUGAUCCCCCACUGCCUGCAGAGCUUCGCCCAGGGCGCCGCCGUGACCCUACACGUCGAUUGCUUGAGGGGCGAGAAUGACCACCACAGGGCUGAGAGCGCCUUCAAGGCCCUGGCCGUUGCGACGAGGCAGGCCACCACCCGGGUGAAGGGUAGGGAGGGCGAGGAGCCCAGUACCAAAGGCGUUUUAUACUAG